GGUCCAGCGCCCCGUCCGCCACAACCACUCUCAACAUGCAGCUGUUCGUCGCCGCGUGCCUGCUGGCCUGCGCCGCCGCCUUCCCGCAGGGGCAGUUCGAGGGCUCCGGCGAGCCGCCGGCCCUCCGCUCGGGCUUGAACGACGUCGGCAUCUUGCGCUCGGAUUUCGACAUGAGCGAGGACGGCUCGUUCCAGUACGGCUUCGAGUCGACUGACGGCACAGUCGUGGACGCGGCCGGCGAGCAGCGCCAGAUCGGCAACUCGGCUGGCAUCGUGAUGCGCGGCUCAUACUCGUACGUGUCGCCCGAGGGUAACAACAUCGCGAUCUCCUGGGUGGCCGACGAGUCGGGCUUCCGCGCCGAGGGCGACAGCAUUCCGGCCGUGCCCGAGUACGUGUCGACGCUGCUGAAGAACCUGCCGGCCGCGCCGGCGCCGGCGCUGCUGUCGACCGUCCGCACCGCCCCGCUGGCGCCUGUCCGCCAGGAGGUCGUCGCCGCGCCGGAGUCGGUGGUGGAGGAGGAGCUGCUGACGGUGGUGAGCGCCGAUGAGCCCCAGCAGGAGGAGGAGCAGGAGGUGUUCGUCUUGCCGACGGUGGAUGAGCAGAUCUUCGACUCCCAGCCCGAAGAGGUGGCCGUGGAGGUACCGGUCGAGGUCGUGCAAGAUGUUGGCGCCGAUGCCCAGCCCGAAGAAGUGGUGGCCGACGCUGUGGAGGUGCCGGCCCUCGAUGCGCUGCCCGAGAUCCCUGAAUUGCCCGUCUUUGACGCCCUGCCAGAGGAUGUCGAGGAGCAGGUGGAAGUCGUGGCUGCCGAGCUCGCUGCAGAGUCGGAGCUGCCAUCGCUGCUCUCUGUAGAGGAGAGUCUGUCUGACGGCGUACCAGUACUGCUUCUGUGAUCGCCCAUCCACCUGCUGAUUACUGCCCACCUUGCCUUGUCAGUGCCGUCAGUCAGAUGGUCUCGCAUAGGAAGGCCGUGAUGUUCACUGUUGAUGUUCACCGCUAGGUCAUUGCAUUGCCGGCGCGAGUAUCUCCAUGACCUUCUUGUAUGCGCCAUGUGGACGUGUGCCAACGAAAUACAUGAUUGAGUGAUGCAUACCUCGUUUUCACGGAAUUAGCUAUUUCGUCAGAACUCGCGCUGACCUAAAGCACAAAGGGAGGCAGGCGCGAUAAAAAUAAUGUCACAUGUCUUGCAAAUGCAUCGGUACGGUCUG